UCAGUAAACAACACGUCAAAUUCGAAAAAUUUUACGUUUUUCAUCCGAGUUUAUGUGGAUAGCUAUAAUGAAGGUUUUAGCUCUUAUUUGUUUAGUUGUGAUUGGUUGUGUUAACGCCAUCAGCGACGAAGAAGUUCUGCAAAAAUGGGAAAGUUACCAGGUGGAAUUUGGAAAAUCGUACCGAUCACCAGUUGAAGCCCGUAAACGUUUGGCAAUAUUCAAAGAAAAUUUAGAGGAAAUUGAAGUACACAAUGCCCUUUUCGAACAAGGAAAAUCUACGUACACUAAAGGCAUCAACCAAUUCACUGAUUGGACUAAGGAAGAAUUCAUGCAAUACGUGAACAAAGGUGUGCUCAACAAACCUGUCAUUGUUGGUGAAAUCUACAAUGCAAGCAAAAGCUUCUCCAACGUUGGAUCAGUCGACUGGAGGUCAGCUGGAGUUGUUACUCCUGUUAAAAAUCAAGGACAGUGUGGAUCAUGCUGGUCUUUUAGUGCUACUGGAGCCAUCGAAGGACAACUUGGAAGGAAUGGCUACCUAACAUCCCUCAGCGAACAGAAUCUGAUCGAUUGCUCAACUUCCUAUGGAAAUUAUGGUUGCAAUGGAGGACUUAUGACUGCAGCUUUCAGCUACGUUAUUCAAAAUGGAAUCCAAAGUGAACAAGACUAUCCUUAUAUAGCUAUGGGUGCAUAUUGCCAAGCCGAUUCUUCAAGAAUUGUCACUAAACUUUCAAGCUAUAUGAACGUUGCUUCUGGAAGCGAUGCAGCUCUCCAACAGGCAAUUACUGAGAUCGGUCCAGUUUCUGUUGCCAUUGAUGCUACAAACGCUUUACAAAGCUAUAGCGGGGGUGUUUUUAACGACUACUCUUGCAACAGUCAAUCUUUGAACCACGGUGUUCUUGCUGUUGGAUAUGGAACUGAAAAUGGAGAAACUUACUAUAUCGUCAAAAACUCAUGGGGAGCCAAUUGGGGAGAAGCUGGAUACUUUAGGUUGGGAAUGAAUACAUAUAACCCAUGUGGAAUUGCCUCAAUGGCUUCCUUCCCUGUGUUAUAGAUUGUGAUAUUUUUUAUUGGAAGUAUGUAUAGGUAUUAAAGGAAAUUCUGUUUUAGUUUGAAA